CAUCAUGCUUUGCAAUGAUUCGAGUUCCAUCAAAAUAUGGCGGACGAUAAAGACACGACAGAACUAACUGGAGACAUUGAAAUGGCUGCUCCGAUCACUAAAUCUUCACAAUUUACCCUCGCUAAGGAAUGGCUCAGCAAACGAAGAGCCACUAUGAAGCCUUGGAGGGAGUUCCUCAGCACAUCGAAGUUCUCCAAGCCGAAAAGCAUCGCCGAGGUUGGUCGACGUGUCGUGAAAAAUCUCGAAGAAUAUCAAAGUAACUACAUUCUAAUGGUCCUUCUUAUUACCGUCUACUGUGUGGUGACCAAUCCUCUAUUACUCAUUGCUAUUUCUAUUGGAGGUGGAGGGUGUUGGUACCUCUCUUUUAAAAAUGAAGGAAGAACGAUUAAAAUCUUGGGGCGUGAAUUCAGUGUUAUGGAGCAGUAUGGUGUGAUUGCUUUGCUCUGUCUACCAUUACUGUUUCUCGCUUCUGCUGGCUCAACUGUUUUCUGGAUCAUCGGUGCUUCAGUCUUCACAAUCCUCCUCCAUGCCUCAUUCCUCAGUGGGUCUUCAUCACCAGAUUCAAAUGCCUUUGACUUGGAGAUGCAGCCAGUCUAAUUAAACCUCGUGUCUACGUACAAGAUAGCACAUGGAUAGCCAAUUGGGGAUCUUUAUUUCUUAUAACAAGUAUUGUUUCCAUGGCAACCAUUAGAUUAUUUGUGUUAAACUCACAACAAUCAAUCAAUCUUAAUUCCCAAGAAAAAGAGACAGAAAUUCUUCUGAUUUAUUGUACAGUACUCCUGGGAUUGAAAGAAAUAUUUAAGAACCAUUGUGUAAGGGCUUUUAUCCUUGAAUAAAUUGUACAUGUUUUCAUUUUAA